CUGCCGACACCACAGCACACAGAUAGUGGCAGAAAAGGGGAGAGAAAUGCUUCUGGACCUGUUGAUAUCACAGAAAUGUUUUCCGGUGCUCAAACCGUGGACUAUCAGCUGGGCCAACUGGAGUUAAUGAAACAUAAUUUCCUAAAGUUUCGGGUUUCUUCUGGUGCCUAAAUGCUGUCACUUGGCAAAAUGCACUCCAGAGCGAAGUCUCGCAGUUGUGACAACUACCUGAGUAUUAAGGAUGCUGAGUCUUUGGACAGCUGCAUCCAGAGCACCUUGUCUGCCCUGUACCGUCCCUUCAGUGCUACAGCCACCACUGUCCUCUGGCAGCUCUUCAGUGUGGUAGAGAGGCAGUACCGAGGGGACGGCCUCCGCUGCCUCAUUGACUUCUUGCUUCCUGCUAAAAGGAUCCUGCAGACCAUCCAAAAAGAAACCUGUGUGAGGUACAGAGGCCUUCUGUUCUACCAUGAGGGGUGGCCUCUCUGCAUUCACGAGAAAGUCGUCCUGCAGCUUGCUCCUCUGCACAAAGUUCGCCUAAAGCAAGGAGACUUUUACUUACAGAUUGUUCCUCUGGGACGCAAGGCUGUGAAGCUAGUGAUAAAAUGUCUGUCAGCCAGUGGGCAGGCCAUUGCAGAAAUCCCCAUUUCAGAGAGCAUGUAUGGCAACGUCUUCACGGCUGAGUUUUUGCAGAAUGUAACGCGUGACCGGAACCUGCACCCACUACAGAACUGUCUGCUCACCACUGGCUCGGCUGUGUUCCGGACACCGUGGAAGAACGUGGUCAACCCGCUCUUCGUUAGCAGCACGGCGGACGCCAUCAUGCAGGCCCACUGCAGCAGAGGUGGCUUUCGUGGCCAUCUGAGCACCUGCAGCACCAGCGGCUCCACUGGGACUCUGGACAGCCACCGCAGCUCCAGGGAGUCCCUGAUCUCUCAGGGAGCUGAUUCCAUCUUUUCGGAGCCCCCCCUCCCUGACAGACACCUCAUGGACUCCAGGAGCGACAAACACAGCCUCACAGUGGAAGAUCCGGCUACCCCCGUCAUUAAAAUUGAACGAUCAACUGAGGAUUGCAUCAAGGAACCAGGCGAGGAAGGCAGUACCGAAAGAGAAAGAGGGACAGGAUCCAAGAUUCUCUCGUUUAGCACAGACCUCAGUGAUCCCGGUCCGCGACGGCGCAUAGCCAGAGACCCUGUGAGCUUUGAGAGCAGGAGACUUUUCAGAAAAUCUUACAUGGAAGCCCUGCAGAACCCCAUGAGCAUUGGGUCCAGCUCUGAAUCUAUCCUGGAGGAGAGCCCGGACCACGACAAGGGCCUGAGGGAAAGGACGGUCACACCUGGCAGCAGCCCCGACACUCGCACCUCUCCCAGAGAACACUUAUCUCGCCGGUUCGGCAGCCGGGGCUGGCUCGGCGGAGACGACUCCAGGCCCAGCACACCUUUGUUUUACUUACAGAGGGGGUUGCGGAGCGCUGAGAGGCGGGCAGACAGGCGCUCCAAGUCUCUUGAGAGGACUAACAAAGCAGGCCAGGUCAAAGGUCACCGAGAACGAUCCUCUUCUGGAGGCUCGACAAGCAUCUCCCCCAAAAAGCUGAUGAACGGUUACGCUCUUCGUUUUGGGAAGUUGGAUGUAGAGGCUGUGCUGACUGGAAAUGAGAGACGAAACAGCGAAGAAGAUUCAGGACAACGUGAGGACAGCAAAACAAGUGCCGAAGAGUCGGACAGUCCCAAAGUUGCCGAUGGGAAGACCAUCGGGUCGGCUUUGGAUCAGAGAUCUUCCAAUGACAAUAGUUCAGCCUUCUGCAAACUGAUGACAGAUGUCAGUCAAGAGCUGCUUACAUCAGGAGCUGUGAUUUUGCCAGGAAACAGGGAUCGCAGUGGGAGAGCUGUGCUGCAGGUGUGCACGAGGGCGCAGGUGUGGGCAGGAGAGACGUGCACGGUCAAUGACCUAACCUGUUUACUAGGUUACUACCACUCCACUCUGCGGAAAGAGAGGCGUGAUCAAGGCCUAACUGUUGUAAUAGACAGUAGAAGGCAGCAGCCGGUUCCUGCUCUGUUGUCAUCUUUGUCUGAAUUUCAGGCUUUAGUACCAAAUGCACUUUACUCCAUGCUGUUCCUUUUGGACAAAGACUCAUCAGCUAAGCUCGACAGAGACGUCAAUAUUCAGACUGAGACGCUGACAUCCCUGAAGGCCCUGUUGAAGCACAUUGACCCAACCCAGCUCACAAAAGACCUGGAAGGCACCUUCAGCUACGACCACAGCCACUGGAUCAGCUUCAGACAGAAAAUUGAACCUUUUGCCAGCAGCUGCAGUGCAGCCAUCGCCUCCCUUCAGGACUCCAUCAGCACACUGAGCACCAGUGGGAGCCUCAAGACCUCUAAGGAGGUGUCUGAGGUGUUAGAAGAGCAGAGGCGUCUCAUGAAGUGUGUGCUAGAAGACACCCGUCUAAACAGACUGCGUCUAGAAGGAGGAACUGUACUGGCUCGUAUCAGGAAGGAAGAGGCCUGCGAGAAUGAAAACUACAGGGACGCUGUUGACAUGGUUAUUGCACUUUACAACCAAGUAGAUGAAGAGGUUCAUAAGCUUGUGAUCUUAUCCAACAAGUCACAGAAAGAGCUGGAGAGCCUGUUGGAGGUGCGCAAGUUUGAAGAACAAACACAACAGAUAAAACACUGGUUUAGUGUAGCGGGGGAGAUGCAGCUUGCACCUCUGGAAUCGAUGUCUCUGUCUGUGGUCAAAAUUAAGGAGAUGAGAGAGAGUUUGGACCAAUUUCUGGAGGAAUCAGUGAAACAGCAGAGGCUUGGAAUACAACUAGUAAAAGAGUCCCCGGAGUCCCUCCCAGGUUUGGUUCUUCUGGACUUCAAACAACAUCUGGGUUCCGUCUUAAGCAGAGUGGAGCAGAGGAAGGCAAAACUAGAUAUCCUAACAAACCUGUAUGAGUUUUAUGACUCUGCAAACCAGUGGAUGGACCACUGUCAGGCGUAUUUCCGUCAGGUGAGCCUGGACAGCUCGGACGUGGCCUUCUCGCCCUCUGUGGUGCAGGCUCUGCAGGACUAUUGCGCGGAGGCGUCCAAGUUCUCCAUGGACAACUUCAGCCACCUCAACAGCAUGGUGCUGUCGCUGGAGAGUCCGCAGCAGCUGCAGCAGUGGAAGGACGUGUGGCACAAGUGCCAGCAGACAAAGCAGCAGCUGGAAGACACGUUAGCCCGGGCCUUGACGUCGGCCUUGGACUCCACGAGCGUGGACGCGGCAGAUCCCCCGAAGGCCGCCGACAGUCCAGUCCCCCCGGAACACCAGGGGGCUAAUGGAUGCGUGCGCUUACCCAGCGCGAUCAUGUCUCUGACGUUUGAGGACCGGAAGACUCAGUCAGCAGCCGGGCCUGUCUCCAAAAGCCCCUCCGGUUCAGUCUCAUCCUCCAUGCACUUCAGUUUCCCCCCCGAGGGCGAAAACAGAUUCGGACAGAGCUCUUCCACGUUCGACGACACGGAUAGCGAUUGCACCGUGGACUCCAGCAUCUCCUGCCACUCCGAGCCCGUCUACUCCAAAGCCACGCGGCUGCGGAAGCAGCCCAUGAAGAAGAUCAUGAAGAAGACCAUGAGUUAUGAGCUAAGCCCAAGAGAUGUCACUCACUCGGAUGUCAGCCACAUUCACGGCUAUACGGGUGUUUACAUUAAGGGUUUGGAGGUGGCCAAUAACGUGUCGGCAGAGAAGAAGCUGCAGAGGCCGGAUGUGAUACCUCCUGCUUUAGGACGCAGCCGCAGCAUGUCCACGCCAUCCAGGCCCCAUAACAGACGCAGUGACGGGGAGGGCAAGAAACAAAGCAGUAAAGUGCAGCACAUCAUGGAUGAAAUGAUUUCCACAGAGAGGGAGUACGUUCGCUCUCUCAGCUACAUCAUUGAGCAUUAUUUCCCUGAGAUGGAACGCCUGGACUUGCCUCAGGACCUGCGUGGGAAGCGCAGCAUCAUCUUCGGGAACGUGGAGAAACUGUGGGACUUCCACAGUCAAUACUUCUUGAAGGAGCUGGAGGCGUGCGCCCACUCCCCGCUGUCCAUCAGCAGCUGCUUUCUGCGACAUGAGGAUCAGUUUGGAAUGUAUGCUCUGUACAGCAAGAACAAGCCGCAGUCUGAUGCCCUGCUCAGCAGCCAUGGGAACGAAUUCUUCAAGAAUAAGCAGAUGGAACUCGGAGACAAGAUGGACUUGGCGUCUUACUUGCUGAAGCCCAUUCAGAGGAUGAGUAAAUAUGCUCUCCUGCUCAAAGAUCUGAUAAAAGAGUGCGGCAAAUCCCAGGAGCAGGAGCUGAGUGACCUCCGCACCGCAGAGGAGAUGGUCAAGUUUCAGCUCCGCCAUGGCAACGACCUGCUCGCCAUGGACGCUAUUCGCGGCUGUGAUGUGAACCUAAAGGAACAGGGUCAGCUCCGCUGCCAGGAUGAGUUCAUCGUGUGGUGCGGACGCAGGAAAUACCUCCGUCACGUCUUCUUGUUUGAAGACCUCAUCCUCUUCAGCAAGACCAAGAAGAUCGAGGGAGGAUAUGAUAUUUACAUCUACAAGCAGUCUUUCAAAACAGCAGAAAUAGGUAUGACAGAAAAUGUUGGCGACAGCGGUCUCCGUUUUGAGAUCUGGUUUCGGCGGAGGAAGUCACAGGACACGUUUAUACUCCAAGCCAGCUCCGCAGAGGUCAAGGCAGUGUGGACGGCUAUUAUUGGCAAGAUCCUUUGGAGGCAGGCCCUCAGGAACAGAGAGCUGCGCAUGCAGGAAAUGGUGUCCAUGGGCAUUGGAAGCAAGCCUUUUAUGGACAUCAAGCCAAGUGACGCUGCCAUUAGUGACAGAGCCAUUGACUAUAUCAUGAAGGGGUCAGAGUCCCGGACCAGAGCGUCCAUCGCAGUGCCCUCGUUUGAGCACUGCGCUGCAUUCAAGAGGCCCCAUUCCACCAUCUCCAACAGCAGCACCUCCUCCUCCAGCAGCCAGUCAUCCUCCUCCCUGCUGGGCUCGCUCAACCUCCACCUGUACUCGUCGCCCUCUCACCCGCACACACAUUCCUUCCCUAUGGGCAGUGUUAGUUCCUUUGUCCAGUGGCCCUAUGACUGCAUAGAGGAAGAUGAACUGGAGCAGGACACAGGGAGCAGCCAACCCUCCAUGAUCAUAGAGAGCUCAGAGACCUCCUCGCAGUGUACCUCCAGUGACAGUGUGACUGGGCUGAGUACUCUCACCAUACCCGGGCACCCCAGCAUCGUCAUGGACUCCUUCAGCAACAAUGAGCCCUCCUCAUUCCUCUGCUCCCCCACAUCUCCCUCCUCCAUCACCUCUUCUUUCGAGAAAGACGAAGACAUCCAUCCACAGGGCACCAAGUUCAUCACAGCACUGUGA